AUGAGCCUAGAAACUCUAGAGUCAUCACGCAAGGUUCAAAUCUGUCCAUCGAAUGAACAGGACUCAUCUGAAACUCAUCCAAGUCCUUGUAUUUUCAUCUGUGUCGAUUCGACCAAGUGUUUUCGCGACAUCUCAGCCGUACUGGGCUCACGCGGCGCUAAGCGACCUGGAAUGUUGAGCGCGCCAGCACCUUCCAUUCGCCAUCACGACGCCGCAGUCAAGAUGAAGCUCAACAUCUCCUACCCCAACAAUGGCACCCAGAAAUUGAUCGAGAUUGAAGAUGAGCGCAAGCUCCGCGUCUUCAUGGACCGUCGCAUGGGUCAGGAAGUUCCUGGCGACAGCGUCGGCGAUGAGUUCAAGGGCUACAUCUUCAGGAUCACCGGCGGCAACGACAAGCAGGGUUUUCCAAUGAAGCAGGGUGUCAUGCACCCUACUCGUGUCCGUCUGCUCCUCGCUGACGGCCACUCCUGCUACCGCCCUCGUCGCACUGGUGAGCGCAAGAGGAAGUCCGUCCGUGGUUGCAUUGUCGGCAUGGACCUCUCUGUCCUCGCCCUCAGCAUUGUCAAGAAGGGUGACGAAGAGAUCCCCGGCAUCACCGACACCGUCCACCCCAAGCGCCUCGGACCCAAGCGUGCCACCAAGAUCCGCCGCUUCUUCGGUCUCAGCAAGGAAGAUGAUGUCCGCAAGUUCGUCAUCCGCCGUGAAGUCACGAGCAAGAAGGAGGGCGCGAAGCCAUAUACCAAGGCCCCCAAGAUCCAGCGUCUGGUUACUCCUCAGCGUCUCCAGCACAAGCGCCACAGGGUCGCACUCAAGCGCCGCCGUGCGGAAGCUUCCAAGGACGCUGCCAAUGAGUACGCUCAGAUCCUCUCCAAGCGCAUCAGCGAUGCCAAGGCCGCCCACGACGAGGCCCGCAAGAGGCGUGCUUCUUCCAUGAGGCAUUAG